ACUAACCUCACUGAAUGAACGUGCACUGAAGGAAUUGGUAAAUUGUCCACUGCCGAUGGUAAAGCCUUCGCAGAUCCUGAGGUUCUCCGGAGACUGACGUCCUCUGUCAGCUGUGCACUGGAUGAAGCUGCUGCUGCACUGACGCGGAUGAGGGCAGAGAACAAUCACAAUGCAGGGCAGGUGGACAAUCGCAGUUUGGCAGAAGCAUGCUCGGAUGGGGAUGUAAAUGCUGUCCGGAAGCUGCUGGAUGAAGGAAGAAGUGUAAAUGAACAUACUGAAGAAGGGGAGAGUCUCCUUUGCUUGGCCUGUUCAGCUGGAUAUUAUGAAUUGGCACAAGUGCUAUUAGCAAUGCAUGCAAAUGUUGAAGAUCGAGGGAAUAAAGGAGACAUAACUCCCUUAAUGGCAGCUGCUAGCGGAGGCUAUGUAGAUAUUGUUAAACUUCUCCUUGUUCAUUGUGCAGAUGUCAAUGCUCAGUCUUCAACAGGUAACAAACUGAAAAAAUGAACAAAACUAGAGCAU